ACUACCCACUACCCCCUUCCACACCACCAUCCCCUUGUUUCAGGAGGGCCGGGUAAAGGUGGCGGAGAAGACCCCGCCAAGUCCACCGAGCAGGAGGACCGGACUCGACCUCAGAUCCUGUCGGGAUCCGGCUUCUGCAAAUGGUUCAACGUCCGGAUGGGCUUCGGAUUUAUCUCAAUGACCAGCAGCGAAGGGAGCCCCGUCGACCCCCCUCUGGAUGUUUUCGUCCACCAAAGCAAACUGGUGAUGGAGGGCUUCCGCAGCUUAAAGGAGGGUGAGCAGGUGGAGUUCACUUAUAAGAAGUCCUCUAAGGGCCUGGAGUCCCUGCGGGUGACCGGACCUGGUGGGGGACCCUGUGCAGGCAGCGAGAGGAGACCCAAAGGGAAGGUCCCACUCCAGAAACGCAAACCAAAGGGAGACCGCUGUUAUAACUGUGGAGGUCUGGAUCACCAUGCCAAGGAGUGUGGCCUGCCCCCCCAGCCAAAGAAAUGCCACUACUGCCAGAGCAUCACGCACAUGGUGGCUCAGUGUCCCCACAAGGCGCUGGCGCCCGCCACAGGCUCUCAGGACCAACAUGCGUCUACCUCGGCCUUCAGCCCAGGGACCGGGCCCUACCUCUGCCCCCCAGAGGAGGAGGAGCGCUCCGGCUCGUCUCCCCUGGAGGGCUCCUCCUCCUCCCCCGAGGAGCCCCACACACGCGGCCCCCGGACCCAGAGGUGGAGGAAAUCCUGAAAAAAAGCCCAUAGAGGUGAACCUUUCACCGCUAACCCUCAUGUCUCUCCUCAAUCAAGGAUACCUGAAGCCCCCCCUCAUCUACCUCACACCUGUGAAAAAAUGGGAGGUCUUGAUUUCUUUACUUUUUAUUUUAUUUGUUUUUUAUUUUUCUAACCAGCGCAGCUAUGGCAACGAUCACCGGGGUACGGACGUGUGUGAAUAUGUGUGACUGACUUGCAGUCAUCUGGUGCAGCUAUGGCAACCACCGCUGGAAUGGUGACUGCAGGGAAUGACUGUUUUUCUUGUUUCAAUCAGUGCAGCUCAAGAGUGAAACAACAUGGUAUGAAUCGUUUUCUUUUUUUCCUCUUGGACCUACGUGUUGGCCAUUUUGAAUGCUUUUUUUCCCCUUACAGUUGUUUUUUAUCCUGUAGGCCUAAUCAUUCCAAAAAUCACGAUGCAUCCUUUUAGCACACACGGUAGCUCAUUUUAAGGAUUAGAAUAAGACUUUCUAAAGCUUGAGGCCCUCUUAAGCGAUAAUCCAGACCCAUAGGAUUGUUAGCUUGGCUUAUGAAGAUCUUUAGGGAAACUUUAUGGAUUCCAGAGGGAGGUUUUUUUUUUUUUUUUUAAAGAUGGUGGGCUGCUAAACACAUUCUCUAUAAUCCUAAAACACUCGCUACAUACCUCUCUCUUACAUGAAACAGACUGGACCAACUGAUUGUCAAAGAGUGUGUGUUUGUGCAUGCACAUGCAAGACUGAGAGAGAGAGAAAGAAUGAGAAAGUGUGUGUCUGUAUGCGUGUGUUGUGCAUGCUCCAAAAGGAAGAAAAAAACUGUCAGACUAGCGUGCCUCUUCUCCAGGUGCGAGUCAACACUAACUUAACUUUCGGUUUCCUAUUAUUAUUAUCGAUAGACACACCUUAGAUAAAACAGCAUAUAAUCCAGCUAGAUCAUAGUUUUAGAUUCAAGGUAAUGAAUUGAUCGUUAGACUUCCAUUUUGGUUGUUGCGUAAUUAGUUGAAAAUAACAUUACAGUUUAUAAAUCAUAGUAUAAGUCAUUAAUAUAUAUGUAAAGUCACAAGAUAUAAUUGAAAUUCUAUUAACUUUAAGUAAUGCAUAUAUAAGGAAUUAGCUCUGACAUAGGUGAAUAGCCCUGUAUAUUGCAUGGGAUACUUUGUUGUUGUGUGAAAACUUGUAGCUCUCUCUCUAUUUAACCGUUUUCAUCCAAAUCAAACUGACCUUUUUUCCCCCAAAAUUCUUAACUCCACGCCUUCUUCUUUAUUAGUUCAAAUAGUCAGCAGUCACUUCUGACCCAGCACAACGACUCACCUUGUAUGAUUAUAGGUGUAGUGUCAGACCAUUACAGUAUCAUCACAGCUGCUCUACAUACUUAAUACCUCACCAAUUCUUCCUCUCAGAAAUGAAUGUCACAGAACGUCAGGCUGUUUGCUCUCCCAGCUGUGUUACAGUAAGAUCGAACCACCCGUUUCCUCUUCCAUCUGUGCCUACCAGUUGUUAGUUAGCACCAGCCAGGUAACGCUCACUCCUCUUUGGAAUGAGAUGCCGUCACUGCUGCUGCUGCUUCAGACUCACUGAAAGAGAGAAAGAGAGAGAGGGAGAGAGAGAGAGAGUGCUGCUUUUGGUGUAACUUGAAUCCCAAGCAUGGCUUUAGUGGCACUUAUUUGUGACCUAACAACUCUUCUCUGACCAUAUUGAAUGUGAAAAGAGCUUAUCUGAAGUCGACGCCUCACAAAAGUUCACGUCGGGUCGCUUUGGAGUUGUAUCUUAAUGUUCUGACAAAUCAAAUAACUUUGUAUGAUAUCAAACUAGCUUGUGUGUUUUUAAAAAGCUCUAAAGUAGACAACCAACUGUUUUUGGUAUAUUCCUAUACCAAAGAGUUUGGCUUUAUUUUUUGAAGGCAUUUAAAGUUAAGACUUGCUGAAGUGCUUGCUAUCUUCGCUCUUUCAGAAUAAGAGGGACUUAUCGCUGAAAGUGCAACACUGCAGUUAUUUUUUUUUUUAAUGUACAGCUUUUUGAAUGUGUGCGUGCGUUAAAAAUCAAAUCUCAACAAUGCAGCAUGACAGAAUAAAAAAAAAAAAAGUGAAUGACCAAACCAUGUAAAGAGCACAGCCCAUGCUCAAAUCUUUAUGGAAACAACAUCUUUUUGUAUGAUGUAUUUUUACAUUUUUACACACAAUUCCUCUCAGGAUGAUGAACUGUUCUCAGGGAAUUAACCAAAAAAAAGUGUAUUUUAUUCUUUUGGGAAUCAUCCACUGACUGACUCAACAAACUCUGUUAAGCAACGGUGAAGAUACAUAUGUAACUGAUUCAUGUACUGAUAUUAGCAACUACCUCUUGAGUUAUACAUAGUUGUGCAUUUCUUUUUGUUUUGUAUAUUUUUUGAUGAGCUUGUAUGAUUAACUGUAGGUCUCUAUUGUACUGAGGUGUGAGAAGUUCCCUAGUGUUGCCACAUACUCCCUGGUCUUCCUUCCCAGAUUUGAUGAGUUACUUUUUUUUCUUUUACUGCAAAACUUUUUUUUUUUCGUUUACAGCAAAAGCCUACCUCAUAUGCGCUCCACAAACUCCUUACCUCCUCCCAGCCCCCUCUACCUCCUCCAUGCAGUCUUUUGUUAAUGGAAUUGCCACUUGUCGCACUAGAGUCACACGGCAUUUUCAACAAAUCAGGCCUGAAAUGGCUCGUCACUUGUGUCUCCAAAUAUAUCUUACAAUCAAAGCUCUUUUUGAAGGUUUUACACAGGUUAUCAGAAUGGGCGUGAUUGUCUCACACAUCCAGGGUGAGGUUUUUCUGCCAGCUCUGUGUUAUACUGUCAGUAUACACUCAUCACGUAGCUGCAGACAGCCAGUGAGUUUACCUCAGUUUCUUGGGCUAGCUAUAGACAUGUUUAAUAUGAAAUAUUUUACAUUUCCGUGUGAACACAUUUUAAAAAGACAUCGACUGUUGUUUUUAGUUUGUAAGUAUUUUAUCAUAACCGUUUUUUGUAACCACUUGAUAUGAUGGGCUUAAGAUGGAGAAGAAUAGGAUUGUACUUCGCACAAGGAGUGCCUAUUGCUAUGUUUUGUUUGUCUGACUCUAUUACCAAAUAGAUAUGUUCCUCUUUUUGGGCUCCAUGGUAAUGGCCUUUGUCAACCAUUUUUACAGCCUCAGAUAAUCAGAAGUUGUGUGGUUUGGAGAUGACGCCCCUUCUUGUUGCAAACUACAUUUGUAAUUUAGAACGGCAUUGUUAACAGUUAACAUGAAUCAGUAGAUUUUGUACUAAUGGUGACAUUGCAUAGAUGUCAUUAUUACAAAAAAAAUGUUUAUGAAGAUGAAUAUUGUUAUCAGUACUCUUUUAAAACUAACUCAUGAUAUCAAAGAUUGAUUUUGCAUACGACCGUAUUAUUAAAAUUGACACAAUAUUAUAAUAAUAUCACAAUGUUGCAGUGGGCCCACAUAUGGAACUGAACGCUUGUUGAUGCCAGUUAUGAACAAAAUACACAACCGUGGUAAAAUAUAGUGAUAUUAUUGAUGGUAGUAGCUUUAUAUUUUCUUCCAAUCAAUGUAACUACUAAUUGAUCUCUUGUUUAUUAUCCUGUUCAGUAUUCGACACGGCCAAGAAAGAAUAAUCUCCUUAAGGUAGUGAUAAUCAAUUGGUUAUCGUAGAGGUUUGUCAAGGCUGCAUAUAGGACAACAAAUUGGUAGAACCAUGUUUUUUUUCCCCAGGCGGUGUCAUUAUGGUCCUAUCUUAUCAAAUGUCCACUGCUUUUACAAUCACAUGUUUCUGAUCUCAUUUCUGUUCUUCUGAGACAGUUUCUCAAUUAUGAAAUAAAGAUCUCAUAAUACAAGGUAGAUGUCUUAAUUAUGGAAUAAUAAUUACAUGGAACAUCAUAAAUGUGAAAUUAUUGUUACACAUGACCAUGAUAUGGUUUAAUUGUGUUAUUAAUAUUUUUCCACUUAUUUUUUUUCUCAUGCAAACAUGAGACAGCACAAGCAAAUGGUCUCCUCCAUGCAAUCAUCAAAACUGCUGAAGAGGGUUUAACUCGGGGCCGGACAUUUGUGAACCUGAAUGUGCCAGUUGUAUCUCAACAGAAGGCUCAGAUGUAAUUUUGCUGCCACCAAACACACCAUUGGCUUCUAAAUUUGAAAUUUACACUAGUUUGCAGUGUUCAUAGGCAUUGUAGAGAAGAUAUCACUGAUAUGACACCACAAUAACAAAGAUAUUUAUUAUAGAAACUGGCAUAAAUCACAUGAACUUUUUUUUUAAACUCUCAGUUUUAGUCUUUCAUUUCCUUUAAAUUCAUUUGUGUAAAGCUGUGGGAGUUGAAAGGAUAAUUCAGGCUUUGUGGUCUAUGUUUCUUUUGUCCCCCAAGUCACGACGUCACAUCCGGGUUAGCCUCUUACGCAAUCAUCGACAGUAUAUAUAACUUUAGUACUCAAUGCAGUCUUUUAUUCAGCGUUUAUGUCCGUCGUCGUGAAAACAUGAGACGUGUUUCUGUUUACUCUCCAUACUCUUAAUACAAAUCGUCCUCCCCCCCAUAGCAACUGCCAUUAGAAACCUUCAACCUGAAAGAGUCUUAGAAAAACUACAACUCCCAUAGAGAGGAGAGAGAAAAAGCGCGGGUACUUACGUCAUAACAUCUUGAUUUCCAUAUUUGUCCAUAUCCAUAAAACUAAAAGUACUUUAUUUUUUUUUUCAACUUUAAUUAUAAUCUCCGCUGUGUAAAAGCGUAUCCGGUCUCCUCCGCCUUGUUGUCAUGUUCGUUAAAGGCCGCUAAAAAAAAUAAAAAAAAGGUAAAUUUAGACUGAUUAAACAAGAUCUACCGUCCGUAUCCGAACAGAAGAAGCGAGUUACACGACAUACUGUUAAAAGUAGAAUUUGAACUUUUGUUUUUUGCUAUUAGCGUUGUUAAAAACGUUAAUGUGGGUUUAAAUCAGGUCCUCUGAACUUAAACUGUCUAACGUCGUUUAGCUCUGUGGAAACUCUUAACACAAGCAUAUUGAAAUAUUGGGCUAUUUCAGUCGCUGUCCACUGAGAACCACGUAUUUGCAAAUGUUACCAGCUUUGAUUUAAAUACUUGCUGUCUGGUGGAGAGGUAGCAUAGAUGAGAAGAUUGGUACUAGUCCAAAGUGUUUAGUGAGUUUAGCACAGAGACUCUGGGGGCAAAGGGGGGAAACAGCUACCUUGGGGCUGUCCAAAAGGUUAAACAAAAACUCCUACCACCUUUUUUUGAGGUUGUAAAAAAAAACAAUAGUCAACAUGUUAAUUAGUGAACAGAACAUGUAAUUUAGUGGAACUGAUUUUAAUUAGUGAACUGUAGAGGUGCCAGUAGGUUACCAGAGCCAGGCUACCUAACUCCCACUGCUCCCAGUCUUUGUGCCAAGCUAAGCACAUGUCAGUACAUUUCCCAAAGUGACACACUUUUGCUUUAAGUCGAGUGGCACUGCAUUUUGACUGAAAGCUGAAUUCAAGCCUUUUUCUUUUUUAAAACCUCAAAGGAGCAUUUAAACAUUCAGUUUAUUAAGUUUUCAGGUUUUCAUUGGACAGCAACUUAAUCCUAAUUACAUUAAAAUAGGCCAACUAAUAUAGGCUUAUUGAAGGAAACGCUGUCCACACUUUCCAGAUGCUUAAGAGAAAAUCACAUUUAGGCCUAUAUAACUGAGACAAAAACCCUGAAUUAUCCUCCAACAAUGUAUCAAAAGCCUCUGAAGACAGACAGGAUGUACUAUGCCAUGAUCACAGACCGGGAAGCCUCAGCAGUCUGUCUCACUGCUCCCUCAUGUGGUUGUUUUAGGAGAUACCUGCAGAGUUCACAUACAGUACCUCAACUGCUGCAUUUGUCAGCUGCUCUGUGCUUUGCCUUGACUGGAGAAACAAUGUAUUCUAGGAGAUGAUCAUUUAUGAUGUUUUUUUUUUUUUUGUUUUUUAAACUGAACUGUAUCAUGUCAGAUUCAUAUUGUGGUUAUGUACACAAAAUCAUACUGAAACAUUGGACCUCGAAAAGGACCUAUAAAUCCAACCAAGGCAGUUGAAAGUGCAGAUACCUCCUUGUAUUGACUAAUAACCUCACACUUCUCAUGUUUGUUUAUGUUUUUUACUCUGUACACCGUGGCCAGAGGGAGUCUUCUGUGCUCUCUUUCUCUGGAGUAUGUGUAGAGCCAAGCACUGAUUGCUUUUGAAUGGGGGAAAAAAAUGUUCUUCUAUGUGCAUAUCACUCAUUAUUUUAGCCCCAAUAUAAGUGUACUGCCUUUUUUUAUUUCUGUGAAUCUUGGAUUGGAUUUUUAAAUAUGUCUGAAAUGUUUUACUUG